AGAAUGUGAGUAAAGAAAAAGAGGCAGGCGUGUUUUAACAGAUGGCUCUUGCUGUCCCGAUUCAGCCAGCUCACUGCCUCUGGUACGAGAGAGAGAGAGAGAGAGUGUGCAAGGUAGUUCAGGAAACCGCUUCAGUUUGAACUUUUCUUUUUUUCACUCUUCUCCUUUAAAACUUUCCAUCCAGCUUCUCUCGCUCGCACUUUUGUGUUGACAGUCACUUGAAAGGUUGUCAAACUUUGCAGCAAUGUGAUGACCACAGUGCAACAGGGUGCAGGAAGACAGAUAUCAGGACAGAAGAGGAAAAAGUGCACCGGGACACUGACUUCCCUCCCAAGCCAGACCGGCUCGCUGGUUUGGGGUCUCCGCCGCAGGACAGAAGGGGACAAACUGCCACCUGCCUCCCCUGCAGCUGUGUGUGAGAACAAAAAAGUCAACUAGAAGAGCCGUAAGCCUGUAACUCUGGACCAGCAGUGAAUGUGGUUUGUGCAUCUCCACUGAUUGUCCGGACAAGCAAUCAUCUCCUCUUUGUCAGGUGCUACGAGGUGAAGUCAGUAUAGUGUGAGCGGUAGCCCUGAGAUGGCGACGCAGGGGCUGGCGGCCCGGCUCUUGGUGCUGCUGGCCGUGUUGGCGGUGGCUCAUGCCUCCAUCUUCCAGUCCAAUCAGAGACUGAAACCUCGGUUCCAGCGAGACCGGCGCAACAUCCGCCCCAACAUCAUCCUCAUCCUCACUGAUGACCAGGACAUUGAAUUGGGCUCCAUGCAGGUCAUGAAUAAGACCCGGCGGAUCAUGGAACAAGGUGGAACACACUUUUCCAAUGCAUUUGUCACCACGCCCAUGUGCUGUCCAUCACGCUCCUCCAUGCUGACGGGGAAAUACGCCCACAACCACAACACCUACACCAACAACGAGAACUGCUCUUCGCCCUCCUGGCAGGCCAAACAUGAGCCACGCACUUUUGGAGUUUACCUCAACAGCACUGGCUACAGGACAGCAUUCUUUGGGAAGUAUCUGAAUGAGUAUAACGGUACUUACAUUCCUCCUGGCUGGAGGGAGUGGGUCGCCAUGGUAAAGAAUUCCCGCUUCUACAACUACACUCUGUGCAGGAACGGCGUCCGAGAGAAACACGGAUUUGAAUACUCAAAGGACUACCUGACAGAUCUCAUUACCAAUGACAGCAUCAGUUACUUCCGCAUGUCAAAGAAGAUCUACCCACACAGACCCAUCAUGAUGGUGAUCAGUCACGCCGCCCCUCAUGGCCCGGAGGACUCGGCCCCUCAGUACACUACUGCCUUCCCCAAUGCUUCACAGCACAUAACGCCCAGUUAUAACUACGCCCCUAAUCCAGACAAACACUGGAUUAUGCGCUACACCGGCCCCAUGAAGCCCAUUCACAUGGAGUUCACCAACAUGCUGCAGCGCAAGAGACUGCAAACACUGCUGUCCGUGGAUGACAGUGUGGAGAAGAUAUACAACAUGUUGGUGGACACUGGGGAGCUGGACAACACAUACGUGAUCUACACAGCUGACCACGGAUAUCACAUCGGUCAGUUCGGACUGGUCAAGGGGAAAUCCAUGCCCUACGAGUUUGACAUCAGAGUUCCCUUUUACAUCCGCGGCCCAAAUGUGGAGGCAGGAGGCAUCAACCCACACAUAGUGUUGAACAUAGACUUGGCCCCCACCAUCCUUGACAUUGCAGGGAUGGACGUUCCACCAGACAUGGACGGCAAGUCCAUCCUCAAGCUGCUGGACACAGACCGCAUGAUGAACAGGUUCCAGCUCAACAAGAAAGGAAAAGUGUGGAGGGACUCGUUCCUGGUGGAGAGAGGAAAACUGCUGCAUAAAGUGUUGAAUGAUGGGAAGGAUAUGGCCCAGGAGGAGAACUACCUGCCCAAAUACCAACGUGUUAAAGACCUGUGCCAGCGCGCAGAGUACCAGACGCCAUGUGAACAGAUCGGUCAGAAGUGGCAGUGUGUUGAAGACGCCACAGGGAAGCUGAGGUUGUCUAAAUGCAAAGGCAUGGCCAGUCUUUCUGCAGUGCAGAAGCCAUCUGUAUCCAGCAUCAAAUCACAGAUUUAUCUGAAGAGCUUGAACGCUGAUGUCAGCGUGAACUCUGAGCCUCAAGGCUGCAACUGUGAACCCAAAAGCUACAGACUGAGCACCUUCUCCAAGAAUAAGCUGCUCGCCAAAAAGAAACUGAAAUCACUGAAGAGCUACUCCAGGAACCGCUUUGCCCGUGCUGUUUCCAUGGAGAUGGGAGGAGACCUAUACGCAGUGGACCUGGAUCACGAAUACAGACCCUCAGGCCCCAGGAACCUCAGCCUCAGGCAGAACACAGCAGACGAGGACGAGUUCAGCGGUGUGGGACCCUCUGCAUUCAGCCGAACCAGCAACAGCCUGACUGUGCCCUCGUCUAUUAAAGUCACUCACAGAUGUUCCAUUUUGGCCAAUGAUACAGUCAAAUGUGACGUUGGUCUGUACAAAUCGCUGCAAGCAUGGAAGGACCACAAGCUCCACAUCGACCACGAAAUUGAAACACUCCAGACAAAGAUUAAUAACCUUCGUGAGGUCCGAGGUCAUCUGAAAAAGGCACGACCUGAAGAGUGUGACUGCAACAAAUACUAUUACAAAUCCAAGUACAAGAGUAAGCUUAGGAAAUACAAAGCAGGAGGUGUCCAUCCCUUCAGGAAAGGACAGGAGAAGGAUAAGAAGGCCUGGUUGUUGUUGGAACAAAACCGCAGGAAGAAGCUGAGGAAGUUACUGAAGCGCCUGCGUAACAAUGACACCUGCAGCAUGCCUGGCCUCACCUGCUUCACACACGACAACCAGCACUGGCAGACCGCUCCAUUCUGGACAUUGGGGCCGUUUUGUGCGUGCACUAGUGCCAAUAACAACACCUACUGGUGCAUGAGGACCAUUAAUGAGACACACAACUUCCUGUUCUGUGAAUUUGCCACUGGAUUUCUGGAGUACUUUGACAUAAACACUGAUCCAUAUCAGUUGGUGAAUGCAGUGAACACACUGGACCGAUAUGUUCUCAAUCAACUGCAUGUUGAGCUCAUGGAGCUCAGGGGCUGUAAGGGACACAAGCAGUGUAACCCUCGCACACGCAGCCUCGACUUUGAGGACAGAUAUGGGAAGGAUGGGAAGGAUAACUCAUGGAACGAGGACGUCCCGGAAGACACCAACAUGUUUCCCGGCGAGCCGAACUGGUCCGAACUUGAACCUUUGUACAGACUUGAUGAGCACGCCUACGAUCUCAAACUCAACUUCACCCUCAGCCUCGAGGACUGGGCUCAUUUCAGCCGCUCCGUGGACCACAUGUUCACGCUCCUCAGCAACGACAACCAGCCCUACUCUCCGCCCCUCCAUGACGAUGGACAAACAGGAAGAGGCCACGCCCUGGUGUCCUCCAGCCAAUCCGCUUCAGCCAUCUACCUAACCACUCUGGCCACGCCCGCUCUUUUAUUGAAGGAAGCUGGCGCUGAGAUCUUGAGACACGCUUUGGGGCUAAACCAAGUGGAACGUCCCUCUUCUUCUUCUCCUCCGUCGCAAGUGGACAGUGCGGACUGGGACGCUCCUCUUGGAGAACUGAAAGAGGACAUACAGAGAGAAGGGAGGGACAGUGAUGGGGAGGAAGAGGAGGAGUUUGUUCAGAGACGGACAGGAAGGUUAAGCUCCACCCACUGUGACCGCAAUGACAUUUUGCAGGAAACGGUUUGACUCUCAUGUAAUAUUCCUCUCUCUCAUACCGACCCUCCUCAGACAGACAUCGUGAAAGACUUCUAAAUUUGAUGUAAGUGAAGGAAGAGGAUGUUUAAUGUCAGCGUACAGUCUUUCGGUUUGUUUUUCUUCUCCCGUAUGUUCCCUCGCUCCAUUAUCAUCUGGCCUCAGAAGCGCGGCGACACCCAGCGACAUUUCCAUCUACAGUCGGAUUGUUUUCCCAACUUGUCCAUGAGAUCGGCUAGGCUUUGAACAGAGCACAUUUUUAUCUUUUAACUUAGAUUCUUUACUCUGUUUUUUAUUCUUUCAUCUUUUUUGAUGGGAUUUGGGAAGGUUGGGGGUUAAAAUUCAUAGCAGUAAAACUUUACAAGGAUUAAGUUGUGACCGUUCAUACUUGAUUCAGUUUGAAACCGGUUUUGCAACAUAUUUCUUGAUGACUCUAUUUUUUUGGUGUUUCCAGAGGAUGUCUCAAUGUCUUUUACAGCCUUAUAACUUCACUGAACAACACCUCAGACAGGUCAAUGACGAAUGUGUGUGUUUGUGUCGUGUGAGUGUGAAUGCUGUAUCUGAAGUCAAAAGUGAAUUUAAGUGUGAUUAAAUGGAGCUUUCUGAUUUUUUAUAAAUUUCUUAAAAGUUCCUGGCUGCUUAUUGCAGCAUAAUAAGAUGAACCAACUAACCACCAAAACAAAAAAGAAAGAAAAACGGUUCUUUUGAUGUAUUGGUCAUUAUGUGUAUUUGACAAAAAUGUAUGUUUUCCCCAAACACAUCGAGAAAGAAAUUGUAAUGUACCGAACAUGCCACGUCAUAUUUGUAACCUUAGUUUGCUCUUAAAACUUUUGCUAUACACAAUGCUACAAAUAUCACAGCAAAAUAUAUGAAAUGGAUGUAUGUAUUUUCAUGUGUGUUCGCAAUGUAAAUGGUUAAAGGAUAUUUUUUAUUACACAUUUGAAGCUAAACUGACCGCCAGACAUAAAGAUAUCACUCCAUCUUGAGGUUUAUUUAUGCAGCAUAUUUUUAAGUUCUUUAAUACACAUAAUCAUUUUUUUUUAAGGUGAUGUAUCUAAGAUUGUUUAAAUUAUUACCUUCCUGAUGUAUUUCAUCCAUCCGUGUUUUGUUUUUUCUUUGAUGAUUGUGAUUGAGAUUAUAAUGUUUAAGAGGGUAAUAAUCUGAUCCCUGAUCAGUCCACUUACUCUGGGAUACUUCAUCAGUACAGUUUAUUGUGUUCACAUAUUUCAUAUCAGUGUAUAUCAUCCACCCCUCACCUCUCGUGGCUGUACUAAAAGCAGUUUUGUCUGAGAUUGUGUAUGGUUGUUUUAAAAACCAUCUUAAUUGUGAUAAAGAUGUACUGUGCAUAAACUGGAGGAGAGGAGACGAUGCGGAGAGAAAGAGAAUUUUUCCUUUGGCACUUUCAAAGGGGUGGCUGUUUUUGAAAUAGGAAUUUAAAAGAGAUGAGAUGGUUUUCACAAAGCCUUGUACAGUUCUAUAGAUUUAUCAUACCUAUAUUUUUGUUUUGGUUUACCAGUGAACAUUUGAUAGUGCUCAUUACUUUGUGAAUAAAGUGUUGAAUGCUAAAA